UUUCUACCUUCGCAAGUUCAAGAACAGCUCUUUCUUUCCUGGAAGGGUCAGUGCACACAUGGACAGGUAGAUGCAGCUCCGGAGGAUCAUUGGAGACUUUGGCGUCCCCAUCGCGAUCCUCAUCAUGGUGCUGGUGGACUACAGUGUGGAGGACACCUACACUCAGAAACUGAACGUGCCCAGUGGAUUCUCCGUGUCCAGUCCAGAGAAGCGUGGUUGGCUGAUCUCUCCUCUGGGCUCAGAUGGCCAGUUUCCGGUUUGGAUGAUGGGCGCCAGCAUCCUGCCGGCCAUCCUGGUCUUCAUCCUGAUCUUCAUGGAGUCCCAGAUCACAGCGCUGAUCGUCAGUAAGAAGGAGAGGAUGCUGGUGAAGGGAACUGGUUUUCAUGUGGACCUGUUAAUCAUUGUGGUGGUGGGUGGAGUCUCAGCACUGUUCGGGUUGCCGUGGUUAUCGGCCGCCACUGUUCGGUCAGUCACCCACACCAACGCCCUGACUGUCAUGAGCAAAGCCGUCGCCCCCGGAGACAAACCUCGCAUCCAGGAAGUCAAGGAGCAGCGGGUGACGGGCUUCCUGGUGGCAGUUUUAGUGGGUCUGUCCAUCGUGAUUGGGGACGUUCUGCGUCAGAUCCCCCUGGCGGUGUUGUUUGGGAUCUUCCUCUACAUGGGGGUCAUGUCCCUGAAUGGGAUCCAGCUCACUGAGCGCCUCAUCCUGCUGCUGAUGCCCCCAAAGUACCACCCCGACAACAGCUACGUCCGCAAGGUGCGGACAUUGAGGAUGCACCUGUUCACUGUUGUCCAGCUCACCUGUCUGUCUUUGCUGUGGGUUGUCAUGGCGACGGCGGCGGCGCUGGCUUUCCCAUUCGUGCUGCUGCUGACCAUCCCAGUGAGGAUGCUGCUGCUUCCCCGCCUCUUUAGCCGCCGCGAGCUGCAGAGUCUGGACGCUGAUGAUGCGGAGCCUCACCUGGAGGAGAAGGAGGGGCAGGAUGAGUAUUCGCAGCUGCAGAUGCCCGUGUGACCCGGCAGCUGCGAGCUGAUUGGUGGAUCUCUUUAAACAACUGUUACUAACUGAAAACGUUCCUGUUGGAUCUUUGUGUUCCUGCCUCAUUCUAUCAGUAAAGGAAAUAUUAUCCUGAAAA